AUGGCUGAUUCGCAGGCAUUCAAGCGGCCCGGGGUCGCAAAGAUCCUCGCGCGCCACAACCCGGCGGGCGAUUCGUCGCAUCAUGGCGGCGGCAGCCGGCGGCCGUCGUCCGGCGGGUGCGAGCCGUCGCCGUCCUCGUGCGCCUUCUCGUUCGACGGAUUCCAAGGCUCCAUCCCCGAGUUCAACAUGCCCAGGGGCGAGACGCGCUUCGGAACGUUCUUGGUAGCAGACGGCGUGUCUAUUACCAGGCUCAACUCGGAUGGCGCGCAGUACCCGUGCGCGCGGAAGGGCAUGGAGAAUCUCCGCAACCAGUUCUACGCUCGCGAUAGCGGGAUUAUAAUGCGCUACGUGCAGAAGGGUGACGAGGGGAAGCUGCGCGGCCAGCUGGUGAAGGUGCCAAUCACCAACGCAGAGCUGAAAGUGGGCAGGAAAACCGUUAACCUCAACCAGGGACAAGGCUCCGACGUCAUUCCUGAGAAUCAGCGCUGCGUUCUCUUCAAGAUCGGGGCAUAA